AUGUUGGGAUUCAAAAGUUUUGUUUUGGCUGGGCUUUUGACGCUUGGUCUUGCGGAGGAUAAGUUUGAGUAUGAUCCUCUGAGUAACUUUCGGCCGAGAAAUAUUACGGGUCUUGGCGACUUUUACGGAUGGGUUGGAUCGUACUACAAUGCUACUGCAGAGCUUGAAGUCAAGGUCGAAUAUGAGUACAUGACACCAAAGAACAAGUUGUGCUCGAAACUUAAGAACAAAACUACUACCCUCAAAUACGAUGCUGUUCUCAGUGUUCUUGAGCGCGGUCCUUGGAACGCUGGAAACAACUCCAUGAUCUUUUGGUUGACGCUUAUGCCUCAAACGUCACCUGCGUACAACGUUUCCGACCUACCUACCGAUUUCAUGUGGAACACCAAGCGUAAAAACAUUUCGAUACCCAUUUACUCAAACGACCCUACACCGAAUGGCUACUGGCGUCCCCAGAAGGACUCCAGCUGGGAUCUAUUCAACUUCACAACCACACAGACCUCAAGCGGUGCUUACAAUAUGACGCAAUCGCUAAGCCGUAACGAAAGCGACCCAUUUUCAUCCUGGCAAAAUGUCACCAUGCCGGUCUGCAACAGCUCGAUAGUCGUCAACGAGCACAGGUUCAACACACCCAACAUGGUAUCUUACUUGACAGAGGAUUGGGACGAUUACAAGGACCCUGUGGUCAGCAUGCAGUUUGACGACAAGACUGCCAAUUUGACCCUCGAUGGCGUUUUCACUGCUGCGCCUUUUGCGCGAUUGAACACGACAGAGCUUCGACCUGCUCCUGUGCUUGGUCGUAGCAAUUACGUUGGCUUCUACUCUCUUAAAUUUGAUGGAAUUUUAGAUGCUUAUCAUUCUGAUUUGCUGAGUUUGAAGGAGAGUGUGCCUACGUGGCAGCGUACUGUGGGGUUUGGGAAUAAUACGGCGAAUAUUGGGAAUGACCAGGAGCCUGUGGAGGAGAGUGCGGGUAGUGUGGUCUCUGGGUCUGUUUUGACGGUCAUGGCUGUCGCUCUGUCGAUUUUGACACUUUUUUAA